UUUCCCUCUGCAGUUUAUUGCUCAUUCUGUGAAUGAUGGUCAGACUCUGUGUUCUAUUUUCUGUUCGUGCAAAUGCCUCAUUAUACUUUUUGAUACAACUUAUAAAUAUUCUUGUCGUCUUGUAUGAAUUGGGAAGAAAGUUCCUCAACAAUCCUCAAACUAUUUUGGGGGACUCAAAUCUCAAAAUCCUAUUGACUGUUGGACUUGUCAACUCGUCUUCUUGUUCUUUUCAAAAUGUCAAAAAAAAAGGGUCUGAGCUUUGAGGAGAAGAGAUCAAGAAUGGUAGACUUAUUUUUUGAAAAGGAUGAGAGGGAGGAAGUGAUGGAGGAGCUGACCAAGCGCAGGGCGGAGCGAGAGGUGCUCACACGAGAGCUGGAGAAGUACCGCGAGAGUGACCCUGAGGUGCUGCACAAGGUCAGAGGUCAGACAUCGGAGGCGAGGGAGGCAGCCAAUCGCUGGACAGGUCAGUCUUGUCUUUCCUUGCCACACAGACAGGUCAGCCUAGUCUUUCCUUGCCACACAGUCUAGGACAGGUCAGCCUAGUCUUUCCUUACCACACAGUCAGGUCAGCCUUGUCUUUCCUUGCCACACAGUCUAGGACAGGUCAGCCUUGUCUUUCCUUGCCAGACAGACAGGUCAGCCUUGUCUUUCCUUGCCACACAGACAGGUCAGCCUUGUCUUUCCUUGCCACACAGUCUAGGACAGGUCAGCCUUGUCUUUCCUUGCCACACAGUCAGGUCAGCCUAGUCUUUCCUUGCCACACAGUCUAGGACAGGUCAGCCUAGU